AUGAGCAUCAAAAUUGCAAUAGACGCUGAGCCGGGUCUCCUGCCUGAACCCCUUUCUUUUCAAGAGAGUGAUUACCAGAAGUCGCCUAAGGGAUUCAGGGAAUGGCUCUUCAUAGCCACUCUCUGCUCAACUCAAUUCUUCGUUCAAGGUGCAUUCGGCUACAUCCUCAUUCCCUUAAAUCUUGUCGGCCAAACAUUUAGCCAAGACGCAUCCCAGACAGAAACGCAAAUGGCAUGGCAUAUCGGUGCAUAUAGUCUAACAGUUGGCACAUUCAUCCUAUUUGCAGGCAAACUCGGGGACAUCUACGGCUCAAAAAGAAUUCUUAUCCUGGGAUGGACAUGGUUCGGUAUAUGGUCCGUCAUUGGUGGCUGCAGCGCAUUCACUUCUUCUCCCAUAUUCUUUGAUAUUGCGCGUGCAUUUCAGGGUAUUGGACCUGCGCUUCUAUUACCGAAUGUAUUGGCGAUAGCAGGUAGAACUUAUCCACCGGAAAGCAAGAAGAAACGGCUCAUCUUCUCGAUUUUUGCACUUGCUGCUCCUCUCGGCACCUUGACAGCUGGAGCUAUUGGUUCUGCUUUUGCGCAAUAUGUAUGGUGGCCUUGGGUGAUGUGGGUGUAUUCAAUGGGAUGUUUUGUGAAUGCAGUGAUAGCGUCCUGGGUGAUUCCGCAGGAUAUACCAUUUUGGACACCGAACGAUCCAGAACAGAAAAUUGACUGGAUUGGAGCAAUACUGGGCGUUUCUGGUCUUCUGCUUCUCAAUGUAUCCUGGAACCAAGCACCCAUUGAUGGAUGGCAAACACAAUACGUUUAUACGCUACUCAUUCUCGGCUUCCUCUGUCUCUUCGCAUUUGUGCUACACGAACGAAGAGUAAAAAUUGAACCUAUAUUGAACAUUACCAUAUUCAAUCGACACGCUGCCGCGGUUUUGCUUACUACCGGUCUUGGUUGGAGUAGUUUCGGGAUAUGGUUUUACUAUACGUUUCGAUUCAUUCAGAGAUUUCGUGGUGUUUCGCCCUUGGAGUCUGCAGCACAGUUUGCGCCUGGAGCAAUCUCGGGAAUUGUGGCAGCGAUAGCAACGUCAUGGUUAAUCAGGGCUGUGCCCCAUGGGUGGUUGAUGACGAUUGCGUGCGGUGCGUUUCUUGCUGGGUGUAUACUCCAAGCAUUGGCACCGGUGGAGCAAUCAUACUGGUUUAAUACGUUUUGGUCGUUUGUGAUAAUGGCCUGGGGUAUGGACAUUUCAUUCCCAGCUUCUGCCACUGUUCUCAGCGAUGCGGUUCCCGCCCAACAUCAGGGACUCUCGGCGUCACUCGUGAAUACUGUAAUCAACUAUUCCAUUGCCGUUACAGUUGAAUCUCACGUUAAUGAUAAUGGAAAGCAAGUACUUCAGGGUUAUAGGGCUGCUUUCUAUACAUCGAUUGGUCUGGCGGGCCUUGGGUGUGCAGUUGCAAUUGGAUAUGUAGCUAUUCUGGUAGAUCGUGGUUCUACCAAAGAAGAAGAAUAA